AUGACCCGGCGGGAAGACUCGGUCAGAAUCGGCGGCUUUGAUCUUCACGGCUGUGUUCUCUUCCUCUUCCAGGACACCGGUGUCGGGAAAUCGAGCAUCGUGUGUCGCUUUGUCCAGGAUCACUUUGACCACAACAUCAGCCCAACCAUUGGGGCAUCUUUUAUGACCAAAACAGUGCCUUGUGGAAAUGAACUUCAUAAGUUCCUCAUCUGGGACACUGCUGGUCAGGAACGGUUUCAUUCACUGGCUCCCAUGUACUAUCGUGGAUCCGCAGCAGCUGUCAUAGUGUAUGAUAUUACCAAACAGGAUUCAUUUCAUACCUUGAAGAAAUGGGUGAAAGAACUGAAAGAACAUGGUCCGGAAAACAUUGUGAUGGCUAUCGCUGGAAACAAGUGCGACCUCUCAGAUAUUAGGGAGGUGCCCUUGAAGGAUGCUAAGGAGUACGCAGAGUCCAUUGGUGCUGUUGUGGUUGAGACCAGUGCAAAGAAUGCAAUUAAUAUCGAAGAGCUCUUUCAAGGAAUCAGUCGCCAGAUCCCACCGUUGGACCCCCAUGAAAACGGAAACAAUGGAACAAUCAAACUGAAGCCAACCUCGCAGGCCGGCCGGCGGUGCUGCUGA